AUGGAUAGUGAGGAUAAUGCUGAUCGCACUACGCGCUCGGAGCUGCCUGACCCAUCGGACGACAAAGAAGAGAAACGUGUUCUAUCAGCCGCUCUGGACUCAUUCCGACAGUAUCGCCGUGCGGCACAUUACAACAUUACACAUCUCCGUCGUCAAUCUUUCUAUGCUCUGCCAUCUGCGCAAGUCGAGCUGUUAUCUUCGCCCGCGUUAUCAUUGCCGAAGAAAUUCGAUGCUGUGGAUGAGGCUAUUGACUCCAAUGCCGAUAUAGCUGAAGCGAUACUUGCCAUCGGUUUACCUUCGUUCGGCUUUGGACCUCAAGAUGAAUCUUGGAAAGGACACGCGACACCCGGUGACCUCGACAAAGCUCGUUCCACGAUUCGACAGCUGUACCGGGACUGGUCUGCUCAAGGCUUACCCGAGAGACAUGCUGCAUUCUCGCCCAUCUUGUCAGCCUUGCAACAGCAUCUGCCUGAGACAAUCCCUUCCGAGAGACACAAGCACCGCGUGCUCGUUCCUGGCGCUGGCUUAGGCAGGCUAGUCUUUGACAUUUGUGCGGCAGGCUACUCCGUCGAAGGCAACGAAAUCUCAUACCAUCAACUGCUCGCGUCUAAUUACAUACUCAACUGCGUAAGCGAGCCCGGUCAGCAUAGACUAUACCCAUGGGCCCUCAACUUCAGCAACCACCAUACGAGUUCUGAUCAGCUUCAAUCGGUGGUUGUCCCCGACAUCCAUCCAGCGGCAACACUCGAAGCAGCAGCCGAGGAAAUAAAGACAAAGGUCCCUUACAGUGAAAGAAUGUCAAUGACAGCCGGCGACUUCUGUGUGCUCUACCGACAGAUAGGGUAUACAGAAGCCUUCAAUGCUGUCGCGACUUGCUUCUUCAUUGACACCGCACCGAACGUUAUCAGCUACAUGGAGACGAUCAGGUCAUGUCUCAAACCCGGCGGCUUAUGGAUCAACCUUGGACCGUUAUUGUGGCACUUUGAAUCAGCCCCAACACCAGCAGACCGUGACAAGCAACGUGGUCGAACGUCGAAUCAACACACGCACUCUCAUGCUGACGAAAAUGUUGGCAUUGGAGAGCCAGGAUCGUUCGAGCUGUCCAACGAGGAAGUCAUUGCCCUGGUUGAGAGUCUUGGGUUCGAGAUUGUGGAACACAGACUGGCUCAACCAACGGGAUACAUACAAGACCCGGAGAGCAUGCUCCAGAAUGUAUAUCGGCCCGUGUUCUGGGUUGCGAGGAGAAAGUGA